AUGUUAUUGCUUGGUAAAUCAAUUAGAGUUGAAAGAAUUGAUGUUGUUGUUGACCAAAAAUUGGGCACUGAUAGACAUAGUAGUUUAGCAAAUCCAUGCAUUGAAGAUGAGGAUCAAACAAAUUUGCUUUGUAGAUACUGUGCGCACAGUGAGAAGGUUUUAUUGUCUUCAGUUUGGGCAAAUGGUAUUAUGCAUAGCCCAAAAGCAAACCAAUUUUUCUACCUUAAGAGAUGGACUAAGAUACAUAGUUGUGGUGCUGAUGUUCGUACUUCAAAAAAUCCAAGGCUCAGCUCUAAUUUGGUGUCAAAUGUUAUAUCUAAGCGUGUUAGGGACAAACCACUAAAGCGCCCCACUGAUGUGGCAUAUACUUUCAAGACAAACUAUGGACUUGAUAUCAGCAACCAUGUAGCAUCGUUAAGUGUUGAGAAAGCGAGAGAGGCUAUGUAUGGUGAUUACUUAACAUCGUAUGACCAUGGUAAUGCUGUUCAGCGUUAUAAUAUGGGAAGUCAUAUCAAUAUUAACUAUGAUUUGAAGACUAGUCAGUUUAAAAGGUUUUUUGUAGCAUUCGCUGUGUGCAUAAAUGGUUUUAAAUAUUGUUGCCCUUUGCUUUUUCUUGAUGGAACAUUUCUAAAGGGGAGAUACAAAGGGCAAUUACUUGCAACAACAGCUAAAGAUGGUAACCAAGGAUUGUUUCCAAUAGCCUUUGCAAUUGUUGAUUCGGAGAGUGAAUUGAAUUGGUCAUGGUUUCCAUAUGAACUGUCAAAAGUAAUUGCUAAUGAUAGAUGCAUGACAUAUGUAUCCGAUCGUAACCUAGGGCCUUUGGAAGCAAUGCCAAAGGCAUUUCCAUCAGCAUAUCAUGGAUGGUGUUUACAACACCUACAGAAUAAUUUUAGAGACAAGUUGAAGGGUAUGAAGAAUGGUUUCAAAGAACACUUAAUAGGGAAGUUGGGUGAUUGUGCAUAUGAACCUACUAUGACGGGUUUUCAUGCGUUACUAGAAGAGUUGAAGAGUGAGGGGAAGCAACAAGCAUAUAACUUAUUGCUAGGGUUGGAACUUGAACAUUGGGCAAAUGCUUACUUUAGGGGACAGCAAUAUGGUGAGAUGAUAUCCAAUGCUGCUGAAUCAUUCAACAAUUGGAUCAAAAGAGCACAAAAUCUUCCAAUAACAAAAUUGGUUGAUACUGUCCGGAAUCAAAUAAUGUGUCAAAUGUCAGAGCGAAGGGAGAUUGCAAACAAGUGGAAUGGAAUUAUUCGCCUUACCUUUGAGACUAACCUCCAAGAUUCAUUCAAUACUAAUAGGUCAUGGAAUAUGAGUAAAGCUAAUGAUGAUGUGUUCGAGGUGCAUUCGUUUCCAUCAGUUACAGUUGUUAUUGGACGCCGUGUUUGUUCUUGUUACUAG